UCUGGUGCUGGAAAUGCCGCAGCCCAGCCCCAGUUGGGCACAGAUGUGAGCUCCUGGUGCUCUUCUGGGUGUUCAGUCCAGAGCAGGUUUAGACAGGUCCAAAGAAAAGGAAAAACCAGAAAUCACUGUCCAGGGAAUUUCUCUGCCUCUGCUAGCUAAAAUUAACUAAAAGCAAAGGAGAGCUCUUUCCUGCUGCCUGUCCAUCUGCAGACAACAGAGGAGCAGGAAUGUGGAGGAGUGAGAGAGGUUCUGAAAACAAACUCCGUGCUUCUUCCUCCCUCUUUGCUCUCAGAACUAGUCUUAUAGGUGAAAAACGUAUUUCAGACAAAUGGGGAUAUGAGCAUCAUAAAGUCACCCCUGGACACUCCCAAAACCCCCUCAGCCUGUCUAAGCAGGGCCUGGGUGUGUGUGGGGGGGGAAGGCCCAGGAACCAUGGGUCCCCCAGCAGCUCUGAGAAGAGGGACCCCCAUAACCCCAAAGUAAGGACACUGGAAACAGGCAAAUCCUGGGAGAGGUUUUUUUAUUUUUGGAGGUUUUUCUGGCCACCAGACACCUGGUGACUGCUAGAGAUGGACUUGGCCAGCGGGACUUUCGAAGGCAAUGCACUCACAUCUUGUUUUUCCCUCAAAUCUGGAUUUCCCACUCCCAAACCUUAUCUGCAUAGAGGAGAAGUCUGCAAGGAAGAGGAAGAUGCCUUGGGACAGCCCGGCAGACAAGGAGCUGAGGAUGGAGACCAGGGAGGACAAAUCCCUGCAGCAGAACCUCAUGAGAGAGGCUGUUUUGAGCGGCUCCACAGCGCAGGAAUCCAACGGGGAGGAAAAGCCCUGGAGAUCCCACAGGAGGAGGGGCUGCAAACGCAGCCCAGGAUGCUCGGAGGAAGAAAGACCCACCCUGUGCCAGGAAGGCAGCCGGAGCUCUGGCCAGAGCUCUGAAGUGGUCAAUGAGCAGCUUGAUGAUGGCAAGAAGCCCCACCAGUGCCUGGAAUGUGGGAAGAGUUUCCUCACGAGCUCCCGCCUGGUCUGCCACCAGAAGAUCCACUCCGGGGAACGGCCCUAUGAGUGUGGGGAAUGUGGGAAGAGCUUCAGGAUCAGCUCCCACCUGUACCGCCACCAGAAGAUCCACACUGGGGAGAGGCCCUAUGAGUGUGGGGAAUGUGGGAAGAGCUUCAGAGACACCUCUGACCUGAUGGUCCACCAGAGGAUUCACACCGGGGAAUGGCCCUAUGAGUGUGGGGAGUGUGGACAGAGCUUCAAAGUCAGCUCCCACCUGAUCACCCAUCAGCGGAUCCACACCGGGGAACGGCCCUACGAGUGUGGGGAAUGUGGAAAGAGCUUCAGCCUGAGCUCCAGUUUGAUCUGCCACCAGAGGAUCCACACUGAUGAACGGCCCUAUAAAUGUGGAGAAUGUGGGAAAGCCUUCAGGAAGAGCUGCCACCUGAACCGCCACCAGAUGAUCCACACUGGGAUACGACCCUAUGUGUGUGGGGAAUGUGGGAAGAGCUUCCGUGACAGCUCUGACCUGAUCAUCCACCAGACAAUGCACACUGGGGAUUGCCCCUACACGUGCUCAGAAUGUGGGAAGAGCUUCAGCCAGAGCUCCAACCUGAUUGCCCACCAGAGGAUCCACACUGGGGAGAGGCCCUAUGAGUGUUCUGAGUGUGGGGAGAGGUUUCAGAGCAGAUACCGUCUCCUCAAGCAUCAGCAGAUUCACACAGAAUAGAGGCCCUUCCACUGCCCCGACUGCAGGAAGUGCUUUAAGAAAAACUCCACCCUCCUCACCCACCAGCAGAUCCACACUGGGGAGAGACCCUAACAGUGUCCCAAGUGUGGGAAGAGCUUUGAGUGCUGCUUCAACUCCAUCCUCCGUUGGAGGACCUCCAUUGGAUGGUCCACAGUGACCCUCGUUGGGCAGAGACUUGGUCGUCCAUGGUCCUGGUGAUCCAUGUUGGGAAGAUACCUGGCUGGUGGUCUCCACAUCUUCCUGGCUCCCCUUGGGCACUUGGACGCAGCCAGAGAAAAAUCCAUUAGGAUGCAAACCACCGUCAGAAUUUCAUAGGGGACAGCACAGUUUUUUACUUUGGACCCCAAAAAAAUCUCACCUUUUGCAUCCAGUCAUUUCUUCUGGUGGCAUCAAGGAAUACUGGAUGGUGUUGGAGGUCUUUUCCAACCUGAAUCAUUCCAUGAUUGUAAUUCUCUCUGUCCCACAGGCAUCUUUCACUGCCAAAUAGUGAUGGACUGGAGCACGAAACCAGGAUUUUGGAGACAAUGGAGUGGAAAUCCCUCUAAAAAAGGUCCUUUCUACCCACCCAGGCACAUGGAUACUCAGCUGUUGCAGUGUGUUUUUAUUUGGCAGGUUUUUUGUUUGAUUUGUGGUUUGGUAGUCCUUUUGGAUUUUUUCUCCCCCUGUUUUAGAGUGACACAGACCUGCCUUUGUUGUUCAGUUGAGCCAGGUGUCCUUUAUCUCUUGUUACUUAGCUACUUCCCUGCCAAGUUUCAAACCCCUUCCCCCCCCACAUCCAGUUGUUAACCCCUCCUAUCCCAAGCAGUUUUCCUCCCUUGAAAUCCUUCACUGCGUUGUAUCCCCUGCCUUGUGUCCCACCCCCAGUUUCCUGAUUAGUUGAACAUUGUAUCCUCCCUUGAGACCUGCCUCCCUUUAUGUUGCUUGCCCACAGUUCAGCACGGGGAUCCCGGGACUCCUGGAGUUUAACAUCAAAUAAAGUAAGCCAGUGCCCCCCA